AUUGGGAUUAGCCGGCUUCUACACACAAUGACAGGACAGCACCCAACGAUGGCCACACUCUGACAGCCCUGGGACACAAACAGGUGCCUUUUCCCUUUUUGUGUUCCUGUUGACAAAACGGUUGUCAUGGCGUCCCUGGAGGAGGAGUUGACCUGUUCGGUGUGCCGCGAUGUCUUCAGCCAGGCCCAGCCCCUGCCUUGCGGCCACAGCUUCUGCCCAGCAUGUGUGCGAGAUGCCUGGGGCCACGGGGAGGCGGGGGUCAGGGGUCGCUUCACCUGCGCACAGUGCCAGGAGGAACAGGGGGUGGUGGCGUGUGACUGCUGCCCCCCUGUGGGGGACGGGGACCAGUCUGGGAAUGCCGUGGCGGUGAAGACCUGUCUGCGCUGUGAGGUGUCUCUGUGUGCAGAGCACCUGAAGCCCCACCUGGAGCGGCCCGCCUUCAAGACACACCUGCUAGUGGAACCUCUGGGAGACCUGUCCCACCGCAGGUGUCCAGCCCAUGAGGAGAUGUUCCGCUACUACUGUGCAGACGAGCGGGUGUACGUGUGUGCAGACUGUCUGUUGGAGGGUGGCCAUGCACAGCACCGGGUUAAAGGACUGAGGAAGGUGGAGGAGGACCUGAAGGUCAUCCUCCAGAGCCUUCUCCAGAAAGCAGAUGAAAAGCUGAAUAAAGGUGAACAGAUCCUCCAAGAGCACCAGAACACUGACCGCACUAUGACAGACUUGUCUUUGGCAGAUGACUCCCAGGUGGAGCGUAUGGGUGUAGCCCUGCAGCUGCAGGUGGAGAGGCUGGUGCUGGCCCUGAGGGAGAGCACCAGGAGGGAGAGGCAGCAGGCCAUGGAGCGCCUCCAGAACAUCUGCAGCAGGGUGAGAGAGGACCUGAGCCAGACCCAGGACAUCCACCACUACCUGGGCUCCCUGCUGGAGGAGACAGACCCCUUCCUGCUCAUCUGGGCAUUUCAAUCUGAUGACUCAAGGCUGCUUGCGGACCUGAAUUGUCCCCUGUUCACUCCUGACUCCCUCAGCCUGGACAGGAAGUACAUUGUGGAGGAUAUCGAGAGCAAGUACCGAGAGUUCAUCACCGAGACACUGCGCUGUCUCACCGAACUCAAGAGAGAGCUCUUAACAAGUCCAUUGACUCUGGACACUAACUCUGCCCAUCCUCUCCUGAGCAUUUCGGACGGCCUGCGGUCAGCCAUGCGGGUCAAACAGCGCCUUCCAUGUGCCACUCACCCUGACCGCUUCGACCACUGGGCUCAAGUCCUGACCGUCCAGACCUUCUCCUCAGGAACCCAUUACUGGGAGCUGGAGGCAGAGGGCUUCUGGGACAUUGCGGUGUCCUACCGGAGCAUCGGGCGGAAGGGGAAGGAGGGCACUGCCUUUGGAAAUAACAAGAUGUCUUGGAGCCUGACGCAGCAGCACGACAGGAAGCUGGCCGCCUGGCACAACCACAGGAAGACCCGCCUUUCCAGCCGGAUGUCAGGCAACCGUGUGGGCGUGGCCCUGGAUUAUGGCGCAGGCACCAUCACCUUCUCCGAGGUGGGGCCUUCCAACACCCUGACCCACCUGCACACCUUCAGCACCUCCUUCAACCAGCCUGUUUGCCUAGGCUUUGGCCUCUACAAGGCCGAGCUCCACAGCAGAAUCUCCAUAGUGAGGGUGUGAGGGAUCAUCAGGGACCAGAUAAUGAACAUUAUAUUUCUAUAGCUGGGACACCUUCGGGGUGGGGCACAAGGAUGGAGACUUUGUGGGAGGUUUCCUUCUGGAACAUCGCCCGGGAUCUCAUAAGGGAUUGGACUAUGAACAAUAGAGCUUGUGUGAGCAUGAAGAAUUGUAAGACUACAUUCUUACAGAGCUCAGGACUUGAAAUACUGUGAACAAUGACUUUGAAUCGGUAAGGAAUGGAUGUGUAUGUCCUACUUUUGUAACAGUUUAGGGGAAUUUGAAAGACCCAAGUGACUUGGACCCAAGGGAGAGGGUUUUUUGAUCAAAUACAUCCAAACUACAGGACAAUAUUCUGAAAGAAUUAGAAAAGUACACAAUCAGUGGAUAGUUCUAGAUUAUUGUGAUGUAACAUAGCUAUGGGGUCCCAUUCCCUUUUAUGAGUUUGUUUAGACUAUUUUUUAUGCAUACAAUAAUCAAUAUAGGUUCUAUGUACCAAGCUAAAUACCAUAAAUGAUGUAGGUAAGUUAAGAAAAGGUGGAAGGUAUGUGGACUGAACCAUAUUGUAAUAUAGAUGACAAAAUCAUCAGGCAUUAGAAGCUUUCACAAAAGUUAAAUUACACUGAGUGUACAAAACAUCAGGAACACCUUCCUAAUAUUGAAUUGCACCCCCUUUUGCCCUCAAUUCAUCGG